CCAGGAGGAGAUGCCAUGACCUUCACCGUCACAGCCCUGCUCUGUCUGGGACUGACUCUGGGCCUGGGAACCCCAGUGCUGGCAGGGGAGCCCCCUAAACCUAUCCUCAGAGUACAGCCAGACUCGGUUUACAAGCAGACUACAGUGACCUGCUUCUGUGAGGGGACCAUAGGAGGCAGAGCAUAUAGACUCUACAAAGGAGAAUAUGAAAAAAUAAGUCACACAGAGAUUCCAGAGAAUCCUAAGAAGAAGGCUGUCUUCACAAUCUCAAAAAUAGACCAGCGGCAUGCAGGGCAAUAUCGCUGUCAAUAUGAGAUCCAUAGUGGAUGGUGGUCAGAGUUCAGUGACUCCCUGGAGCUGGUGGUGACAGGAGCCUACAGUAAGCCCAGCCUGUCAGCCCAGCCCAGCCCUGUGGUGACUGAAGGAGGGAAUGUCACCCUCCAGUGUGUCUCAGGGCAGUCAUAUCACAGUUUUGUUCUGGUUAAGGAAGGACCACAGAAGCUCUCCUGGACACUGGAAUCACAGUAUAACUACUCUACUAAAGAGAUCUAGGCCCUGUUUUCUGUGGGCCCUGUGACAUCAAGGCAAAGAUGGACAUUCAGAUGCUACAGCUUUAACAGGGACAGCCCACAGGUGUCGUCAGAACCUAGUGACCCCCUGGAGCUCCUGUUCUCAGGGACCCUCCACAAACCCACCAUCAAGGCUGAUCCAGGCUCUGUGGUCAUCUCAGGAAAUCCCAUGACCAUCUGGUGUCAGGGGACCCUGGAUGCAGAAAUAUGUUUUCUGCAUAAAGAGGGAAGCCAAAAACUCUGGGGCAUACAGACCCCAGAGAAGCCUGAGAACAAGGCCAAGUUCUACAUCCCUUCUGUGACACAGCAACAUGGGGGACAAUAUCGCUGUUAUUGUUACAGCUCAGCUGGCUGGUCAGAGCACAGUGACACCUUGGAACUGGUGGUUACAGGAAUCUACUACAAUAAAACCAGCCUGACAGACCUGCCCAGCCCUGUGGUGACCUCAGGAGGAAACAUGACUCUCCAGUGUGUCUCACAGGAUGGAUAUGACAAGUUCAUUCUCACCAAGGAAGAUCAGAAGUUCCUCAGCUCUCAGAACUCACAGUAUAUACAAAGUGUUAAGCAGUAUCAAGCCUUCUUCUUCGUAGAUCAUGUAACAUCAGACCACAGAGGAACAUUCAGAUGUUAUGGUUACUACAAUCAUACCCCUCAGUUGUGGUCAGUACCUAGUAAGCCCCUGGAAAUACACAUCUCAGGUCUGUCUAAGAAGCCGUCCUUGCUCACUCAUCAAGGCCAUAUCCUGGACCCUGGCAACAGCCUCACCCUGCAGUGUUGCUCUGAGAACAACUAUGACAGAUUUGUUCUAUACAAGUUGGGUGGAGCUGACUUCACCCAGUAUGAUGGCCAGUGGCCCCAGGCUGGUCUCUCCUUGGCCAACUUCACACUGGGCCCUGUGAGCAGCUCUACUGGAGGCCAAUACAGAUGCUAUGGUGCAUACAACCUCUCCUCUGAGUGGUCAGCCUCCAGUGAUCCCCUGGAUAUCCUAAUCACAGGACAGCUUCCCUUCAGUGCUUCCCUCUCAGUGAAGCCUAACUCCACAGUACACUCUGGAGACAACGUGACCCUGCUGUGUCAGUCACCAUACAAGGUGGACACUUUCAUUCUGUCCAAGGAGGGAACAGCCCACCAACCCCAGCGACUAAAAUCAAAGUCUGAAGCUUGGUAUUUCCAGGCAGAAUUCUCCAUGAGUGCUGUGACCUCUGACCUCUCAGGCACCUACAGGUGCUAUGGAUCUCACAACUCAUCUCCCUAUCUGCUGACACAAGCCAGUGCCCCUGUGGAGCUCACUGUCUCAGCCUCAGAGAACCAGGAUUACACAGUGGAGAAUCUCAUCUGGAUGGUAUUUUCUGUCAUGAUCCUCAUAGUCCUCGGGAUUCUGGUCUUUGAGGCUUGGGACAGCCAGAGACAGACCCACCAUGUAGCUGGGUUGUAA